AUGACGCUGUCGUACCUGGUGUACUUUCUGGUCGCACUGAGAAGUGUGGUGCAGCCUCGCAGCCAUGCGGGUCUGGUGGCCGCCGCACGGCUGACCGCAAAAACUGGAAGUUCUUCGUCGCAGUCCUCGUCAACGAGCAGCGUGGGUCGUGGAGAUGAAGCUCAACAAUCCGCUGUUCCUAUUGCCAACGCCGGUAGAAAAACAAGCGAUCAGGAGUUGCAAGCCGGAGCUGCACCAGAGGACAGAGAGGAGGAUCAUGCUCCUGCUUCUUCAUCUUGGCAAGGAGGAGAAGCUUCGCCGGUAAGAAGGAGCGUUUUCGUACUUAUUUCAAUAGUGCUCUAAGAUACGCAUGGCUGUUUUCCUCGUGAUAGAUUCCAUUCAAUCAUUUUUUCCAUCUGUUUACUAUACAUAGGUGCAGCAGGAAGUCGCAUCUUCUUCCUCGGCCUCACAAACGCAACCCCCGUCGCACGAAGACAACCAGCAGCAUGAUCCCCGAGCAGCCACCUCCUCGUGGAGCUCCAGCCAGAUGAACUUGAACAUGAAACCUCAGACGUCGCCGCGCCCGGGUUUCGCGCUUCUGGCUACAGCCGCGCCCGUGAUCCCGCCGCCACCCCAGCAUGAGCCGAAUGUGGUUCUCGGUGCAGUGGCGCCCCCGCGCGACCGUGGCAUUGCCAGCGAUCAUGGAAGUGGCGGCAGCUGGGGCACAACCAGUGAGACCACUGGCAUGCCUCCUGUGGAGCAAGCAAGUCAAAUCGGGAACGAUUUUUUCCAUCACCCCCGAGGCCUCCCGCUCACCGUUAUUCCGCCGCGCCCCUGGAACCACACGAACACCCUUGCGGCUGACGGAGGUGGCCCUUUGAACGGUUUUCACUUUGAAGGAGGGUCGCCAGGCGUGUCUCCGGCGAGUUCCUUCGGUGCUGGGCCUGGGGCCAGUAUGAUGCAGCACGAUCGUCCAACAUGGACGUCGCCAGGGGCGGGUCCUCACAUAAUGACCAGCAUGUGUGGUGGAGGUGCUGCUGUGGGCGGGUACCAGCAACUACAACAACACCCUGGCUGGUUUGACGAGUAUGAUGUGCCGCAUGUUGGUCAUCAUUUUGUGGAUACUAGCCAGCAAUACGCAAAUCAGGCGUCUACUUGGAUGAUGAACCACGACGUGGCAGCGCAACAAGAACAACAAGAAACGAUUACUCCUGCGCGAGACCCGCGCGGAGGUCAGGGAACUGGCGCGGCCUCCUCCUCUUCUACUCACGAACGGAAUCUAUCUUGGAUGGAUGUUUCGCCUCGUGUUGCAGCGCAUGAACGACCUGAUGAACCAAAGAAUCCAAAAACUACAGUGAAACAGAAUGAGCCCCCGACUCGUCCACCCGGUCGUGCAGCUCCGGUAGCAACUGGAACUGCCGCAGGGGUCUUGGAAGCAGCGCGUCGAGUUACGCAAGCUGCUGAGAACUUGGUGGCUUUAGGAUUGGCACCUUCCCAACCUUCAUCAACAUCCGCAGCCGCAACGAACACGGAACUGCAUCCGGGAAAACAACAACAUCAGCAUGCAGACGGUCGCGCGUUUCUGGCACACAGUCACCGGGCUCUGGAACAGCAGAUUUUAUGGCAGCAACAGGUACAACAGUACGAGGCGCAGUACUUGCAACGAAUGGCAGCUGCGCAAGAAGACGCUCACCAGCAACAACUUGCCUGGCACGCAGCUGGUGGGGGCUCCGCUGGUUGGUAUGACUACGAUCAGCAAUGGUCUAUUGGUGCAGUGGUCCCAGCUGCACCACAUCCCUUGUUCCCACCAGUGGACCAAGAAAAGCUGGAAAAACAUUCUACAGCCGAUCACGUUUCAUGGGAGGACCACCAUGAUGAUCUCGGACGCGGCAGCACCUGGCCUGGUGUUGUUGAGAACAGAGCAGCGCCGUUUGGGUCGUCCACCGGGAUUGGUGUUCCCCGUGCGCCACCUGCGAUGUCGCCGCCACCCGCGUCGCUCCUGCGCAUUGCAGCGCAGGCCACCGAUCAUAAGUCCUCUCUUGUGUCGUCAUCUGGAUCUGCUCCGUCGUCCUGUAUGAAUUGCAAAAGUAUCGCACUCGUAUAAAUGCAUAUACAAACAUCCUCAGCAUGAGAAAUAAAAUUUGUAAUGCGGCUUUAGCUUCAGAAAAAAAUUUGUAAAUGCAUGAAUGAUUGCAAUUACUACGAGUACGAUACUUUUGCACAGGAUAUCCUGGGCGGCCGUGCCAAUCGACCCGAUCCUCGCGGCGCGGCCACCCACACCCCCGAUUCCCGAAAACAUUGCGACUGCUGUUGCUAAAAAUUUAGAAGAAGAAAACCUAGGGGCGUCUCUUGAUCAUGGCAGGGGAAGUAGGAGCACGACAACCCCCACCGUGGUCCAGCACGACCGUGGUCCACCACCUAAGAUUGAAACUACAGACUCCGAUAACAAGGAGCGAGACGCAAUCGAGCAGCAACUCGCUUUGCUCAGGCGCUUGAUGGGGAAAGAAAUGACGGAAGAGGUUGGUCUUGCUGGCCGGGAUGAAGAUGUUGUUAAGAAUGGUGCCGAAGAACAGGAAGAUGAAACACCGCCCUCUACUUCCCAGAAAAUGUUGUUGGACCAUGAGGAUGAGAAAGAACCCGAAACGCAGCACAGUUUCCAAGCUUUGAACAAUUCUGCUGGUACUGCUGCAGCACGAUCUACUGCACCCGAGGCAGGAGCUCUUGCUCCAGGCGCGGAUGUGCUGCAGAAGAUAGUAGCCGCUGUACGAGGAACAGGAACUUCUAGGGGGACAAGGAAUGGCGAUGCAGUACAACAGAGAACUGAGACAAAAGACUCAGGCACAGGGCCGCAAGGUUGUGGAGAUUAUCAUUCAUCUGCCACGGCGUCGUGUCCUCAAAGUCAAAACCCGGCGGGGGAACAAAAACCGAUUAACAACACGACAACACAGCAGGAUGAAUCAUCAUCCUCAGCGCAGAAAGCAAGUACCGCAGGGAACACCUCCCAAGGCCACACUCUGCUACAACCUGGCGCAGAACAAAAUGGUGGCAUUAGUGGCACAGCAGAUCUUGACGUUUCCGAGGCGCCAACUGCAACUCCUGCAUCUCACAGAGUUAUUAUAGAAUCAAACGGCCAGUGGUUGCAGCUGUUUAAGAGGGUGAGCGACAAGGAGAACCGGAAGAAAAUCCUCCUGGUCUUAUACCUCAAAUACCUGGGGUUCGUCGAAUCCCUGCCCCCAACCGCACUACAAUCCUGGUCGUCGACCCCGGAUGCCAUGUUUGUGCCGCUGCUCCGUUUCGGCAGCACGCUUACCGGGCUGGGUUCAUUGGACGCGGAUUUAGAUCUGAUGCUAAUCAGUCGACCCGCCUGCGUUUUUGAGGGGAGAAAGACCGGGACUUUGGAAGCGAUUCGAGAAAAGCUGGGACAGAAUGCAUUUUUCAGGUAUCAAAAUGAUUGUAGAAAUGCAAUGUGGAUCAUGGUCUCGCGAGAUGCGGACGUUUUUUUUUUCGUUUUUCCAGUUGCAGAUUUUUUUGAAAUAACUUGAAAUUCUGUUUUUCAGUUUAUGCUGAACAAAAUCCAAAUUGAAAAUUCAUCUGCAACACUCCUCCCGCAUAAACAGCAACGGCCGCGUGGUUCCGCACCCGGACCCUACCGUGGGUUUCCGUCUUUUAAUCGAAGCAGAUCCGGACGUCCUGUUCCAAGACCAAAAUUGGUUGCAGGCCCUUCGCGACACCAAAGAACACGCGGUGGCAGAGUUGGGCCAGGCAGGCUGGAGGAAAGGGAGUCACACGCAAAGCGACUUCGAUCUUCAUGUCCAGCUACCUACAAGUAGUCGUGAAAAUCUCGUUCCGGCUGCCGUUCUUGCCGGAACUCCAGAUCAAUCAAACUUUAGUACCAGCAACAGUGCCUCGGUAAGAACACAAACACUGCGGACCAACAUGACGAUGUCGGGAGGAGGUGUUUUGCCACCACAGCACGCACUGGAGAGGUCCCAGGAAUCGGAUCUGCGGCAGUUGCUUCACGAUGUGUGGUUCUCUCGGUCGAGGCGGAAACAGGACUUUGAAGACCACGGCCACAAACAAACUGCAACUGCAGAUCAAAACCGUGGUGAAUCGGAAUCGCAUUCGGAAAAACAAAAUAAAGUACUGAUGCCAUCACGUAAUGCAGGUGCAUCUGCUUCUGCAAGUGCAACUGCAUCUGCGGUGGACCCGGACCACGUGGAUCAUGGUUUUGAUUAUUCCAACGAACCGCUCUAUGUCCUUCCAAUAGAACAUCAAGCUGGCGACGAGCAGAUGGCCGCGACGCACACGACGUCGCAUCGUGUCGAGGAACAUCAAAAUCAAGACGACGAAAUGGAAAUGGUCUUCCACAAUUGUAGCAGCCAGGCGUCCUUCGAUUCGCAAGCACAGUCGCACACCGGUCUUAGCCUCGAUUUUCAGCAGGACUGCCAGCUACAUGAUUCAUCACGCGACAUUAAUUCGCAAGACCUGAUGACGAUGAGCCAAGAUUUGAAUCCCGAAACUGUGAUCGAGGAAGGAAACGAAGAGGACGAGGAACUACACGAUGAAGGACUACUACAAAGCAGUUCCGGAACAAUAACUGCUGCUGUCAAGAGCAGCCCGCCCAACAUGCUGAUCACCCUCGACGACGUCAUCGCUGAUGUGAAAGCCGCGAUUACGAGCUCGAAAUCCGAACAAGAAAUUCUGCAGCACGACAAGGAUAAAAACUUGAUCCAUCUCGACUUCCACGUGCGCGCGGACGUGCAAGAGUGGACGGAGUUGGCCGGGACGGUUUUCUUGCAGAAACUGGCCAAGGAAUUGUUACUAGCAAGGGAUUUUGUAAUCCUGGUGAAGCUAUGCAGUGCAAAAGCAUCGUACUCGUAUAAACGCACUACAAAUUUUCUCAGCAUAAUAAAAUUUGUAAUGCGGAUUUACAUUAACCUUCAAGAAAAAAAUUUGUGAUGCAUACGAGUACGAUACUUUUGCACAGGAUAGAAACACUGGGCGAGCAAGCACGGCGUGUACGAGUUGCUGCAGGGCGCGGGACCUGGCAUGUGCUGGACGGUGGUCGCGUUGGACUUCUUGGCGAGGCGGAAUUUGUUGCCUCCAAGAGUAGAAUUAGAACCUUUUGUGGAGAACAGCAGGAGUGCCUCCCCGUCGCCAGACGUGCGGUCGGAAGCUGCUGGGAGCAGUGGUGCAGGUCUGGGCGGCAGAGGCAGUAGUGCGCAAGGGCUAGUAGCGGACGAGGACGGAAAAGGGCAAGAAGAUAUUAAGCACGACCAAGACCAACAGGAGGAACUGGAACAAUUCUCCUUCUCUACUGCCACGGCGAAGAUUUCCUGGCUGGACAAGUGGCGCGCCAACUGGGACUAUUCCGCGGCGUUCGACCAGCAGGAUCGGCUACUGGAGGAAGCAGUCUCCCUUUCACGUACCACUUCGCGGUCCUCUGGUGGUGCUGGUGCAAGUCCAAAUCUAGAUGCUGCAAGCACAUCUUCCAUAAAAGUGCAUGUCGGCGAGAUGAACGCGGAACAGAAAAAGGCGAGAACCUUCACAGCAGCGCCCCUGGCGGCCCUGAAGCAUAGAAACUUCGUCCGCCACCCCACCGAUGAGGAGCAAUUUGCGGAAGCGUGGUUUGCGGCGAACUUUCGGGAUAACUCGCCAACAAUUUUCUAUUUCGGCGAUCAGUUGUCCGAAGACCAGCGGUUGUUGCGGUUAUGCAUUGCAAAAGUAUCGUACGUAGUACAAAUCGCAUGACAAAUUUCUCCAGAAGGAAAAAUGGAACUUGUAAUGCUGAUUUGGCUAAGAAACAAAAAUUGUCAUGCAGGAUUGCAAUUAGGAGCGAGUGCGGUACUUUUGUAGAGCAUAAAGGUUUAGUUGCUACGAGGCACACAAAAACUACCAAGUCGCUGUAUCAAAUGUAAAAAUGUCUGGGUCUGGAAAUUUGUGAUGCUGGGUGGCGUAUCAUGAGGAGGCCACAAGUGCUGGCUCAGCAUGACAAGUUUCUGAGCUUCCAGGUGUUGCCUAUUCUGCAUGACAAACUGCGUUUCUGCAUGACAGAAAAGUGGCGCUCUUGGGUAACAUGCAUGACAGAUUUGAGAGUCAUGCCAGACAAGCAUGACAAACAUGCACUCUUCCAGACCCAGACAUUUUUACAUUUGAUACGCUGUGGACGAAAACAAUUACGACUACCAGGCGGAAGCACUGUUAGGCUUGUUUGUUUCAUCUCUUUCAUCUUCCAAACAAGAUCAUGGUAGUAUUACCAGUCGUGGUGCCAAUAUGGGAUCGACCUUGACUUCUUCCUCCUCGUCACUCGCAGCUGAAAUCCCCGCACCUGUAUCGGACCAGCACGACCGUUCUGCUGAGGAAAUGGACUUUUUCACCUACCUCCACGAACGGAUCUACCAGGACGUUUACUACGACAGCGAGGGUGUAUUGCAGCAACCGAGCCAGUUUUUCCCGGAUCGCGCUAUCACAAUCAAGUCCCCCGGAGCGUUCGCCAAACUGAAAUUUCAGGUACUACCAGCAGCAAGAUUAAGAUAUAGAUAAACCAUUAGCGUCUGCUGAAACUAAAAGCACAGCACCAGCUGGUGCUGAUGCUGAAUUUGGGUCUUGAUCGAUUCAUCUUUUUUCGCCUUGAUGUAGAUGUUCUCAUUGCAGCUGAAAAAAAAUUUUUACACAACAGAUUGAUCAAACCUGGUAUUCCGUGAAAGCCAAGCGAGAGUUUGCGGUGUUGUUUCGCGGCGAAUUCGCAUGGGCACGAGUUCAACAUGAUGGUGAACAAGAUGGUGUCCUCACGACGUCGCGCGAUCAGGAGGGCGCCGCACCCACCUUGGCACCCGCCCCCGGUUCACCUCCCGCCCCAUUCCAGGUGGUGCCAGUGACACGGCGGGAUAUUCAGAAGGAGGAGGUUGGGAAGGAAACAGCGUCCGGGCCGUCGGCACAGCUGCAACUGCCCGGGGCGUCGAUGACGUAUAUAGUGAGUUUCUCACAUUUUUAUUUGAAUUGUUCUUCAAUCCACAACAACCUGUGUAAAUUGACAUUGUCCUGACAUGCAGCUUUCAUCUUCGAGUUUGAUGUGUUGAAAACAAUGCAUGAUGCAAGAGGAGUAGAGCAGCGCUAAAAAGACGUACAACGCGUUCAAUAAUAUCAGCGGCUCAUGGACUACCGCCGCAACGACGGCCGGGACGCAACCGCAGCACGGUACUUCUACCUUGGGACACAACGCCGUGAUGACACCCUCUCUCGACGAGGUGGAAACGGCGCAAGAUGCUGGAACCGCACGUGAAGAAAAUCCUGACCCCGCAGCCCUCAUUCAUCGCAUUGAUUCGUUCACGACUGACGCGAGCACGGUAACAAGGACCACAGAGGAGUCGAUCACGACUGGUUGGAACCAAUAUGUUCAAAAUAACCGGUUCCACCAUAACCAUGCAGCGGCGAACGGGUCUGGCCCAGUGGCUAAAAAAGAAGAGGAGCCUGAUCACACCGACAAGGAACUUCCUGCUCCGGACGCUGCGCUGCUCAAACAACAGAAGAGCGCUGACGUUGCAGUUGCGGAUGUUGCGCACCACCACGACCACGCUGAAGUGGCGCAGCUACGAAAUAAAGCAGUUUCUGCUAGUGCUACGGCUCCUCCCUCUCCGGCGCAACUGUGGUUAAACGGACGACAGCCGUCGACGAGACAUGCAGCGGGAAGAGAUCAUUCUGGCGCCGCUGCGCUUGGUGAACAACAAGGUGAGCAUGUAGAUGCUGGGUUGUCGUCUUUGCACCGCACGUGGUCGCGGCACCAGCAGGCCAGCCGUACGGGAGCUUCAUCUUCUUCCUCUGCUGCUGCUGCUGCUGCAUCACCGCCACCGGCAGCUAUGCCAUCGACGCAUUUCUCUUUCGCUUUCGUCCCAAGUGAAGAUCCGAUGAUGCCGAGUGCAGAGCGAAUUUACGGGAUGAGAAUGGGUCCCGUUCCUCGUCAAGAACGACCUCAAGGUGGACAACAUCUACAUCUUCACACGACUCACUUCGUUGGAGAUGAGCAAGGCCUUGGACAUCACGAAGAUUCUAGCGGACAUGCUCCCGCCCUACGCACUGCAGAGCUGCUGGUACACGACCAAGUUGAUCGGGAACAUUUACAUUAUCCCAAUGCUGACAUGGUCAUGGAAGAAAUGCUUCCCUCGGGGGUCGUGCUGCCCAGCAGCGGCAACCAGGGCGGUGGACCCAACGAAGGAGGUUUUCUGCAGAAAUCGAAAUUUUCCCAGCGGGUUCGCAAGACAAAACGGCAGAGGCUGCAAGAAGUGGGGCAGUUGAACAAUAGCCAACAACAUCGAGAAACAGGUCGGGGCGGAGCAGGUGGAAACGGUGCGUCGAGAGGUUCCGCUUCGGCCUCACCGCAAAGACACAUUGAUUUAGAACCGGAACGAGCCGUAGAGAAGCGGCGUUCCGGAUCCGUCACGCCUGGUGCGGCAGCUCCACUCGGUUCUUUCUCUUCAGGACACCACUUUGUUACGAAUGCGUCUCAGCGGCUAAUCGGUCAACUGAGUAGUUCCAGUGUGCAGGAUAAUUUUACGGAGCGCGGCACAGUAGAUCAAGCAGAACAAGCCGUUUCUGGGCGGUCUUAUUCCGAGGUGGGUCUGCGUGCACGCAGAGCAGCCAGGGCUGCUGAUGAACAAACUACUUCUACAAACGAACACAACGUCCCGAUUUUAGAGCAGGUCUCUACACGGCAGUUCUUGGAAAGCGAGAAUCCCAGCAGGCGGGUUUUUGAUCUCCGAGACUUGGAGGGGCGGAUUCUCAAUACGGCGCAAACAGAUGAAGCAGGAGUUGAAGAAGUUGUACCGCACGAGAUGGGUGCAGCAGUAGAUGAACGGUAUGAUCAACAUGGAGAUCUUCAUAGACGUGAUGUUGCACUCGUUAACAAUGUUGACAAAAAUGAUCGUCGCAAGAACUACGUCGCACAACUCCGCCGACGCCCUCAUGACGGCAGCGCCCGAAGAGCUGCCCAGGUAGAACCGGCCCCGCCCACUUCAGGAAGCGUUUCCUCUGUGGGUGACACGACCGGUUUGGCCGGGAGGUCGUCCGGGAGCUUCGUUUUUCAAUAACGAUGAGAAACGAGGUGAGCGCGAAACGAGGGCCAACCGGCGGAUUGAACGAUUGUAUGAUGUUCAUGUUGAGAAAAACAAAAAGAUAAAGAGGAUAAAAAUGGAUUAGGAUUUCCAGCUAAGGAAAUGUGGAUUUCCAGUACUUGUGCGCUUUGUUAGGAUUACAAGCUACAGCCAAAGCCUUUUUGAAAUCGGAUAUACAUAGAAUAGCCAUCUUAGAAAGUCAGGAAAGACAGACUCCCAGCACAAAGAAAUAAAGCUGAAAAGACCACAGUCUACUUCCGAAUGAAACGAGCCAAAAACGAACCAUAAAACUAACGGUCACGACUUUUUGUACUUAAUUACCAGUUGAUGUGGACGAGGUGCGGGUCCUCGUGCCACGUCGUUUGCCUCAUGUUUUUUCUCCCUUAAUUUUGGCCUCUUUAAAAACAACUACUUCUUCCACUCCGAACUUCUACGAACGAUUUCUUUUCCGAAAUACAAAUGAAAGUGUAAGCACAGUGCUUAUCAUCUACAUCAUGUCUAUCUGUACUUAUCAACCUUUUUGGACUUUUAUGUGAUGCCCUGUAACAAGUGGAAGAUGAUCAGGAUGAGGAUUCAAGCAGAGGCAAGAUGGUCGUGAAGGGGUUUUGAACUUCUAGGUGCGUCGAAUGUGGUGCAAAAGCCUUCAUUGUCUCAUCAACAUUUCUGCGUUUUCGAUUGCCUGAGGAUGCUCAAACUUAAUCGAAGAAAACCGAGCACCGUGACCACGUAGAGCCUGCUACUAGAACUUGUGUUGAUGGUUGUAUGGAUGAUGUGAAGGAACAUUAUGUUGUAGAACCAGAUAAAUCUUCUACACAGCACGCCAGUCGUGCCAAUGAAGCCG